AGCAGUAUGGUGAACCAGAGGAGACUAGCACUGCCGAACCCUCACUUGACGGAAGUAACCGAGGACUUUCUGUACCACCUGGGUCUUACUACUCAUGAUAAUCUCUCUGAAAUGUUCAGAGAUGUCAAGUUUAUCGUGAUGGGAGGUUCCAGUAACACGAUGUUAGAGUUUGCCAAGUACGCCCGGGGAGAGUUGUACCUGCCCUCUGACCGACUGGAGAACCUCUGUAGAUCAGAGAGAUACGGACUGUGGAAAGUGGGCCCCUUGCUGGUUGUGGCGCACGGAGUUGGAGCACCCUCUAUAACGAUACUCCUACACGAACUAUUCAAACUAGUUCACUACAGCAACGCUACCAACGUCAUGUUCAUUAGAGUUGGAACCUCCGCCGGCAUCGGUGUGGAACCCGGCACAAUCGUUAUAUCAGAGAAUGCUCUUAAUGCUUCACUCAGAAAGGAACACAGACAGGUUGUGUUGGGCCAGGAGAUCUCCAGACCAACGAUACUGGACCAAGUUCUAGCUCAAGCUCUCCUAAUGUGUCAGAACGACCCCAACAUACCCUCCAUGUUGGGAAGUACUCUAUGUGCUGAGGACUUCUACGAAGGCCAAGGCAGACUGGACGGUGCAUUCUGUGAUUACACGGAGGAGGAUAAGAUAGAGUACCUGAGGAGAGCCUACAGUAUGGGGUGCCGGAAUAUCGAGAUGGAGUCAUGUGCUUUUUCCUCUCUUUGUCACCGAGCCGGUGUUCGGGGUGCGGUGGUAUGUGUGACCCUAAUAGACAGACUACAGUCAGAUCUCAUGUCCCCUCCUGAUGUAGAAAGAUACGACGAGUUAGUGAGACGCCCACACCAGCUUGUGAUUAAGUUCAUCAAGAGACAGCUGGGACUUAAGAUAAAGGAGAACAAGUCCCUGACUCAGGCUACCUCAACUCCUCCCGCCCAACCUGUGACGUCAUAGUGAUGUAUCGCAGUGACGUCAUUGUAUGGUGACGUCAUUAAAUAGAGAGGAGAUCUUAUUACUUUCUUUGUUUCAAUAACAACUCAAGACUUGAAGUCCAGUAAGAAAAUGACUGCUUAGAAAGCGAAAUUUAAACUCAAAUUCUGGAUUUAUGUGUUAUCGAGACUGUAUUCUACCUUGUUCUGUGUACACACAAUUUCAAGUAUCAAGAGUGAGCACAUGUUAUAUUAUGUGAUAGUGAUAAACUUUGAUGGCAUCUGAAUUUUGUGUAUGAUGCUCUAGUUGUACAAGUAGAGAAAUCUUACUAUUUACCUAUUAUGAACUGAAAUAUUAAGUUUUUAUCAGGUUUAUUCGAUAUUCUGUUUGUGGUUUUGGCUUGGAGUCAUUAAAGAGUAUUUCCAUAGAUAGAAAUUGGGCUGGUGUAAACCUUUUUUAUAGGACAAAGCGAAUGAAAAUCUAAUCGAGAGAUGAUAAAAAAGGUUCCAGUUUGUUUAAAUUGGCGAAGCAUUUGUUAACGAUCGUUGACAGAUAAGUCUGUAUAGCUUUUUGUAUUAGCCAGCAAUAAAUUAUCUUUACAAAGACAACUGAUAAUGAUUGCCACCGAUUUA